AUGUUUGAGGAAGGGAGCCAGGGUCGUUUCGGCCGGGCCAUUUCAUUUCCUUAUCAGGAGCCCGUUCCCCUCGGGCCUGUGACAAGUAUUCCGGUCACGCGCCGGUCGUCCCCUGCAGCCGCGCGCGCGGGCGCCCGCAACACAAGCCGCAGCUGCUGCGCAGAGCGCGUGCGCACAAGCCAGAUAACGCGACGCGACACCGUUCUGAUUUAUACGGCCGAGCUGCGGUCACGGAUGCGGAACAGGGAAUGGGUCCCUCCAAUUAGAGCAAAGAGCAAACCAAAGAAGGGCUAUGGUCGCAGCAGUGAUGAUGUCAUUAGAGAUGGAGCAGCCUUCCAGCCAGAGUUCGCGGCGCCCCUGGCCAACCUGACGGUGGCAGUGGGCCGGGACGCCACCUUCACGUGCCAGGUUCGACACCUGGGGGGCUACAGGGUGGGCUGGGUGAAGGCAGACACGAAAGCCAUCCAGGCGAUCCACGACCACGUGAUCACACACAACCCGCGUGUAUCUGUCUCGCACGACGACCACUCAACGUGGAACCUGCACCUCCGCAACGUGCAAGAGGAAGAUCGCGGCCAGUACAUGUGUCAAGUCAACACUGACCCCAUGAAGAGUCAGAUGGGCACUCUGCACGUGGUGGUACCGCCGGACUUCAUCGCGGAGGACACUUCCGGGGACAUGGUGGUACCCGAGGGCGGCACGGUGAGGCUGACGUGCCGCGCACGUGGUCACCCCGCUCCGCACGUGCAGUGGCGGCGCGAGGACAGCGCCGACCUGGUCGUCAAGGAUCCCUCCGGCAUCAAGACCAGGGUGCCCAUAUACCAGGGAGAGGUACUGAAGUUGACCAAGGUGUCCCGCUCAGAGAUGGGGGCGUACCUGUGCAUCGCGUCCAACGGCGUACCCCCGUCUGUCAGCAAGCGAGUCAUGGUCAACGUGCACUUCCACCCAGUGAUUCAGGUGCCGAACCAGCUGGUUGGUGCGCCGCUGGGCACUGACGUCACCCUGGAGUGCAACGUGGAAGCCUCUCCGACGUCCAUCAACUACUGGGUGAGGGACACUGGAGAGAUGCUGAUCUCCAGCGAGAAGUACGAGGUGAAGACGGUGAGCAAGUCCAUGUUCGAGACCAGGAUGGUGCUGGUGGUGCGCAACUUCCAGGAGAAGGACCUGGGCUCCUACCGCUGCGUCGCCAAGAACUCACUGGGGGAGGUGGAGUCCAGCAUACGUCUGUACGAGAUCCCGGGCCCGACGAGGCGCGUCUACCCGUACGAGCGGGACGAGUACGUGGACCAGUACGGCUCCGCGGAGGAAGAGCUCGACCUAGACGGCGGCUACGCCCCCGGCGCCGGUGCCGUAAAUAGCCGUGGUAGACAUACAAAAUACAUGCUCGUCUUCUUCCUGGGCGUAUGA